CACUUAUUGUCAGUGAUUGUUGCUGUUGCUGUUGUUUGCUGUUGUUGGAGUUUCGAGUUAUUCACACAUUCACAAUUAUUAUUAAGUUAUUACGUUGAUUACGUUAUUAGUUGUGGUUGGUGCAAGCUGCCAAGGAUUGCCAAGUUGGUGCGUUGCAAUCGUGGAUUGUCGUGGAUAUUGUGAUCCUCUCUCUACUUUUACAACUUUUAACUUAACGAUUUUUAAUCACUCCUUCUUAUUCUUAUUAUUUCGAUCACUAAAAUUGUCAUUAUUCUGGUGCUGUGCUAGUGGAUUUUUAUCAAUAAAAAUGAAUCUGACUUUACAUUGAUAAAAUAAAUAUACCCGUUUCGAUAUCGUAAAUAGGUAUAGUUUGAGAGGUUCAAGAUGGCUUGUAUUGUACUUGUAGCAGCCGUAUAUAAUUGACUGAUUAAACGCCGAGUGCUUUCAAUUAUAUUUUAUUUAUCAUUUUCAUUAUUAUUAUUAUUAUGUUGAUUUAUUUGUUUAUUUAAAUUGUUUACUCAAUCGAUUUUAAGUAACAUUUAAUGUCAAGUGCUUUUUAAACUGAUGAUAUAUAUAUCAACUUAAAAAUAAAAAUGAUAAGGGAAUAAUUAUGUUUUGAGGAUAAAAUAAAAUAAUCAAGAAUGAAAUCAUUGCCGACAAGUGAUACAAAUAGUGCCGAAACUAAAAAUGAAACCCAACAAGACAUUAAUACGGUGGAUACUCAAAUAAAUCCUUCAAUUCAAUUUAACCAAUUAAUAUCAUGUAAUAAUGAUAACAAAAAUCAAUUAAUAGACAAUAGUUUAGUAUUGAUAAGUAGAAAUGAAACAGUGGUAAAGUGUACAGAAAAAUUGACAACGACAACAACAAAAACACCAGCAACUAUAGCUGCAGAAAAAAUAGAAAAUCAAGAAGAUGUUAAAGAAUUAGAUAUUAUUAAAUUACCAGAUGAAUUUGUGCCUAUUACUAAUGAUAAGACAAUAUUAGGUCUCGAGAUAUCGGAUGAGGAAGCCAAACAAUUGAAACAUGACGUACGUAGAUUGUCUCCAGUGCUCGUGAGUCUUCGCGAACGUACUCUUGGUGAAAUAUCAUUGACACCAGAUAAUAAUAAUGCUAUUAGUAGUUGUAGUAGUAGUAAUAAGCAAUCAGAAGAGAUAAUUUUAACUGAAGAUUCAAUUACUAAUUGUUUAUUGACUGAAAAUAGUAAAUUAUCAUUAGAAGAAACAGUUAAUCAAAAAGAAUUAAUGGUUAUCUUAUCACGCGUUGACGAUAAUAAUGAAUCAAGAAUAAAAGACGAUUGUGAAUUAAUUGAAUCCGAACAGGUUAAUAAAAAUAAUAAUCAUUGUUAUAAUCCAAGUGCAAGUGUUAGUGUUUUUAAUAACAAUAGUGCUAAUAAUAAUAAUAAUAAUAACAUUAUUAAUUGUAGUAGUAGCAGCAGCAGCAGUAGUAAUAAUAAUAAUAAUAAUAAUAGUGAUGAAUUAGAUAACUCAUUCAAUAUAUCAUCAAAAUAUUCCGAAAAUGAUCAAUUAACACGUAAAAACCCACUGGUAUUAAUAGAACGAACGGAUAAUUUUGAAUUAAAAACAAAUCAGGAUGAUUUAAAAAUAAAUCAUAGACUUUUUGAUGAAUUUAAUGAAAAGGGCCAGAAUAACAUAAAAAAAAAACAAAUAGUGGGAGAUAGUGUUGAAUCGAUAAUAAUUAAUAAAGAAAUUACCGAAACAAAAAAUAAUAUCGAGGAUCCGAUAACGAGGUGUAGAGUUGAUGAAUUCGAGUUAGAGAAAGAGCUAGAGCCAGAAAUAGAGCCAGAGAUAGAUCUAGAAACUGAGGCUGAUGUUCAUCAAGUUUAUGCUGAUGCCGAUGCUGAUGCUGAUACUGAUGCUGAUGGAUUGACGUGUGAUGAAGCUCCACUGCUGAAAAGACUUACAGCUACCGAAGAACCAGAAGCAUUUACUGAAGAAGAUUCUGCUGAAAGUUUGACGCUAAAUACGAGGAAUGUUGGGGAUGAAGUUCGAUCAGACGGUAGUGAUUCGGGAUUAGGAAGUGAAAUUCCUGGUGAUACUGGUAAUGCUCCAGCACCUGAAAGUGACUCGGAGACUUCUUUUCUUGACAGGAUUCCUGAUGAUAUUCUUGGAGAUAAAGAAAAAGUAAUAAAUACACUUGAAAAUUUGGUACCGAAUGUCAGUAGUGAACCACCAUUGGCAUUAUUACCAUUGCCGAAUAAUCGUACCCCUCAAAAGAGCAAUCUUAAACGACAUAUGAUUGACUGCAUGGAGGGUGAACCAAGUGCUAAAAAAAGUAAUAAUAAUAACAAUAAUAAUAAUAAUAGUAAUAAUAAUACCACCACCACCAACAACAACAACAACAAUAAUAAUAAUAAUAAUAAUAGUAAUAAUAAUAGUAAUAAUAAUAAUAAUGAUAAUGAUAUUGAUAAUAAAAGUAAUAAUGAUAAUAAUAAUGAAGAUGAAGAAAAACCGGUUAUAACAAAAAAGCGCAACAUACACUUUGAUGCCGUCACUGUAUAUUAUUUUCCAAGAGCCCAAGGUUUUACUUGUGUACCAUCCCAGGGUGGUAGUACAUUAGGUAUGAGUGCAACUCACACACACGCCGAAAGAUUUUCAUUGACAGAGCAUGCGGCUGAACAGAGGAGACUUCAUCGAGCACGAUUAGCACAAUUACGAUCCGAAAGGGCGGCUAAUUGUAUUGCUGAAGCUGCUUCAAGUUCAGAAGAUCCAAGUGAUGAUACUGAUGAGGAACCUAGUGACACUGAGGAUCUUGAUAUUGACAGUUAUUAUUUUCUUCAACCAGUACCAACCUGGCAAAGGCGAGCUUUAUUACGUGCCGCUGGUGUACGUAGAAUAGAUGGUAUUGAAAAAGACGAUUGUCGUGAUAUUCGUGCCAGUAGAGAACACUGUGGCUGUGGCUGCAAAGGAUAUUGUGAUCCUGAAAGUUGUCCUUGUUCACGUGCCAAUGUUAAAUGUCAGGUUGAUAGAGCAGGUUUUCCAUGCGGUUGUUCACGUGACGGGUGUGCAAAUAGUUCAGGACGGAUAGAAUUUAAUCCUGUUCGCGUACGAACACACUUUAUUCACACAUUAAUGCGUUUGGAGCUCGAGAAAAAACAACGUGAAGAAGAAAUAAUAACAACAGCAACAACUACACCAGCAAUAACAUCUGAACGGGAUUCAGCUAAAAACUUUGAAAAAAAUUGUUCAGAUAAUCAUACAUCAGAAUCUUCUUUAUCAGAACCCUGUAUCGGUACAGGUUUUACAACUCUUCACUACGACGAUUCCGACACAGCAGUUGUAACAUCAGUAUCAGCAACAGCAUCGACAACAGCAACAGCAUCAGCAUCAACAUCAGCAGGAACAUCAUCAGUAGUAGCAGUAGCAGCGGCAGCGGGCGUAUUAUCAGUACCAUCGAACACAUCACGUGAAGAUAGUUUUGAUUUGUAUGCAAUACGUGACGAUUGUUAUUCAAACGAAGAGAAUGUUACUGAUGACAGCACACGCAAUAAACUCCAUCCAGAAUUCAAUCAAGCUUUCCAAAGUUUUACCGGUCAAUCUUUUCAACCAACUUACCAAAAUUACUCAACUUAUGAAUCAAUGCCAUCGACAUCACGACAUCAUCAUCAUCAUCAUCAUCAUCAUCAUCACCAUCAUCAUCACCAUCAACAUCAACAACAUCAUCAUCAUCAUGAACAGCAACAACAACAACAACAACAACCACAACCACAAAUACAUGAUCCACAACAACAACAACAACAGAAGCAACAACAACAACAACAACAAUUUACCCAACAAUUUGAUCAAUCAUUUAUACAUUAUAAUCAUUAUCAAAAUUCAUCAAUAGAUAUAUCAGGUUCAUCAUCAGUAUCUAUAUCUGCUUCAACUUCAAUGUCUUCAAUAGCUGGUAUAUCGAUACAAACGAAUUGUCAUCAUCAUCAUCAACAACAACAACAACAACAACAAAUUUAUUCAACAACAUUCUCGCAGGAUGAUAAUGCGCAACAGCAGUACACUAAUUUAAAUUCGGUACAACAACCAAUGCAGAGUGUUGUACAACAAUUGGGAAAACUUGAACCAUUUUCAGAACUACUAGCUGGACGUUAUUCUUAUUAUGGCGAUAUUGAACCUCAGCCAAUAAAUAAUUAUCAUGUUGCUAACAUUAUCAAAGAUAGUAAUAAUCAUUAUAACCAUCACCAUGAUAAUGAUAAUCUUGCCGAUAAUGGUGAUGAUAAUGGUGACAUCGAUAAUGUCCAUGCUGUUAAUGAUGAUGAUGAUGAUAAUGAUAAUGAUAAUGUUAAUAAUCACGAUAAUGGUAAUAAUAAAAUCAAUAAUCUAAUUAGUAAAAAAAUAACAGACAAUAAUGACGAUUGUGACGAAAAUUUUGGAGAAAUAAUUAAAAAAUCAAUAGUUGAAACAGUGUCUGCUUAAUAAUGACGGGUUUUUUUUUUUUUUUUUUUUUUU